AUGUCUGACUUCAAGUCCAAGGACCUCUUCCAGCAGAUCACCGAAGGCCUUAAGGGCAUGGAUGAGAAGGAGAAAAAGGACAUCCAGAAGAAGUCCCUUCCUCUGGCGCCGUAUCGAGGAAACGUCAAAGUCACAGAACGCAUUGCUGACUCUUCUUCUCGAUAUCUCUUCUUUCACUUGUCUCUCGCUCGAAUCUGCAUUAUACGCGAUGUCUCCGACCGAUCUCGGCUCAUAUCGCAAUACCUUCGACUUACCAAAACGCAAAAACAGACCAACGGUGUCUUCGAGAUGCACGUCAAGAACCCCAAGGGCGAGGAGCUCGUUUGGACCAUUGACCUCAAAAAGAACGCCGAGGCUUACGAGGGCAAGGCCAAGGGCAAGGCCGAUGUCACCAUCAACCUUUCCGACGACACCUUCAUCGACCUCGCCGACGGCAAGGUCAACGGCCAGAAGGCUUUCAUGUCCGGCAAGCUCAAGGUCAAGGGCAACAUCAUGCUCGCCACCAAGCUCGACGGUGUCCUCAAGGCCCAGAAGGCCAAGCUCUAA